AUGGCCUUCUCGCAAGAUUAUUUAAGUACUAGCGAGUCCAGCGACGAGGAUGAGUUCAAGUAUUUCAAGCCUGUAUACGUGCGGCGUCGCGCCGCGAGGCCUGAUGUCCCCUUGGAAGAAAAGGGCAAGAACGCAGCUUGCAGCGGCAGCGCGAAAGCCGGCGAUUGUCAAAAGAACCCCGCAACGCAAGACCCGCGGCCAAGGCCUGGCCCCUACAAGCUUAAGGCUCCGGGCACCAAUGCAUUUUCAGGAAAAGAAGAGCUUAUAGCCUUGGAACGCGAGCGCAUUCCGCAAGAAUGCUCACGCUCCCAGCAAGAGGUAAAACCACAAACCAGAAUUACAGAACCCACGUAUGAGUAUGGGAACCCUAUAAACGGCUACAAGUUCGUUGGUAGUCGCAGUGACUACGAAAAAUUUACCAGGGCCGCAGAGUCCAGCUCGCCUAGCGGAGGAGCGGACGAUACCAAUUAUAUAGACUCUCGCAUUUUUGACCGCGCCAGUAUGCAUUCCAAGCGCUCCUCGCACCCGGACGAUAUUGCCGUUUACUGGGCCCGUGAGCUGGGUGCUACCAGAGCGCCGCUUCCGGGAGCGCCGCUGGUGCAAGAAGUGACAAUCCAGAGCAUCGACAAAGCGAGCCUAGCAGAUUUCCUGGGAAGAAGCGCCCUGAGUCUAAGGCUGCCAUUGCGCGAAGUUUUGAAACAGCAGCGUGUGGUGUGGCAUCCGGACAAGGUCUUUCGGGGCUCCGCGAGGGCCAAUCCAAAUGAUGCUGAGAAGGUCACCCGUAUUUUUCAGGUAAUCAACAGCCUAUGGGAAGAGAACCAAUAA